CCGGAAGUGGUGGUUUUGUUGUUGCACCAGGGCUGCUGUCAUGUGAUAGCUCGUCCGUGGAGCUGCUGUUGACAGUAGCUUCCUACUUUUAGAUGAAGCUAAAAUAACAAAACAGAAGAGAAGUUUUAUGUUUUUCGGAGAAGAUAACCGUGGCUUCUUUCUGACGGUGAACAGGAGAGCUGGGGUUGUAUAGUUUGGCCCCCCGGACGCCGUCAUGGGUUGCUGUUACAGCAGCGAGAACGAGACUCCCGAACAGGACCAUGAUGAACGUAAGCCGCUGAUCCCCCCUCCAGUUAGCAAACCCCCAAAUGGGACGGACUGGAUCACUACCAGUGUCCCAUCAGCGCGAACAGACGAACAGGCCCUUCUUACAUCCAUCCUCACCAAGACAGCACAGAACAUUAUUGAUGUCUCAGCAGCUGACUCUGUCAUGAUGGAGCAGCAUGAAUACAUGGACAAAGCUCGGCAAUACAGUACAAAGCUGGCUGUGUUGAGUAACAGUCUGCCCCAGAAAAAAGCCCUCGCUCUACCCUCCCUAACCAGCCAGCCCCACCAAGUGCUUGCAAGUGACCUGGUGCCAUACUCAGACGUUCAGCAGGUGUCCAAGAUAGCUGCAUACGCUUACAGUGCAAUCUCUCAAAUCAAAGUGGAUGCUAAAGAAGAACUGGUGGUUCAGUUUGCCAUUCCUUGAUUUUUCAGUUCUGGCCUGCCUACUGUUCCUCCCACCCUGCUCUCUGUGUCACUCUGCAUCCUCACCUUCCAGCCCACCCAUAUUAAAGCAUCUUGGUCCUUGUGCUUCUUAGCUUUGCCUCGAACUGCUACAAAGACGAAGAUGAUGUAGGAUCACACCCUAUGGCUGCCCUUUUGUGUAUUUAAUUAUGGGUCAUCAGUUAAUUGUCAUCAUAAGCAACCAUAGGGGUUUGAUCUCAUAUCUACAACAAGGCCUCUUCUGUAUGCAGUGUGCAUCACAGACUUUGUCAGAACCAGCUGUGGAAAAAGUCCUCAGUCAUCCUUCUUGGUGAUCUUAUUUUAAAACGGUUUGAUGGCCAUUCUCAGUGUCUUUAUUCUUUCCCCAGGCUGUAUACUCAGGCAAGCAUGGCUAGUUUGACACCUCAGACUGCUCUCAUAAGCUUGUGGGAUUUUAAUGGCUCUGGGUGUUUAUACUUGAUUCAAUAUCCAUUUGGAACAAGAGAAAUGAGGAAUCUCUCAGGCAUGGAAGAAUGCAAGUUAUCACAGUACCAUAGGCCCUAGUGCACAUGCUAAAUACUUCAGCCUCAUCCCUGGAUAAAAACAAACUUGCAACAUGACUUAAAAACUGCCCUUCAUGUCUUUGAUUCUGUUUUGUCAUCCUGGAUUGGCACUGCUUAUUCUAUUGUUUUUCCUCUUCCAUUGCAAAAACAGUAAAACAUAGAGCUAAACGAGGCUAAGAAUGUCAUCUUAAAGGGGAAGAUCUCAUCAUAAGUUAGGCUGUUGUCAUUUUAUUCAUCCUGCACCAAGAACCAUGGCUCAUUACAACCUUAACAUGAACGAGUAAACCAUCCUCACUUGAUUUCAUUGACAUUGCAGUGCAACAAUGUUUCAAAAGUGUCUGUGAAACAGGUACUGCUGGUUAAUAUGUGGCUAGUUUAUAACCUGUUAAUCCAGUUGAGGCCAACAUAUGAAAGGCUUGUCCAUGGCUGGUGUCUUCUGGUGGGCGAGGAUACAAACAUAAACUGGAGGAGGAUGCUGGAUCCUGCAGAUGUCACUUAGGGGCAGGGAAUGGAGCUUUCUUGGGACAUAGGUUUCUCCUGUUUACAGACAGUAAUGUGUCUUCUGCAGUUUUCUAGCACUAACAAAAUGAGUUAGCAGACUCUUUCAAUCAAAUCAAAGAGCGUCACAUUGAAUAGCAGCAUAUAGAGAUGAAGGGGGAGGGUGCGGGAGGAUUAUUGCAUAUUCAUGCCUUUGUACAGAUUUUUCUGAUUGCAUAUAAAACAGAUGAUGGAUUGUAUGAAGUUCCUCUUUGUUGAGAGUUCAUUGUUCAGGAUUGGCUAAGAUCUUGUGGUGAUGACAAGUUUUUAUGAAACACAAGAACACUUUUAAGGCUUUCCUUUGUUAGCUCUUCAGAUUGCAUUUUGUUAUAUGAUCAAGUUGUCCAUAUUAAUCAUAAACUAACCGCUGUAGCAGAGUGGGGGAGCAUUAACAAUCUAUGUACCACCGCAGAUAAAAUGAUCCAAGACCUUUCUGUGAUUAUUUAUUUGUGUUUUUUAAAUGUAUAUUUGCUCUUUGGAGGAGAGCAUGUGACUGUAUGCGUGGGCAGAGAGCACAGUGAGUGGCUCUUGAGUCUAAGAAGGGAUGAUCUGCAAGGCUGUGAUUAUUUCAACCGCGCAACUGAUUUGAGCUUUUUGCAAUGGGUUCUUGGCAUUUUUUUCUGUUUCGUUUGUUUCUCUGAUGUGUUAUACUACCUGAAGUAUGUUUGUAAUAUCUUAGGCUAGUACCAAAAAGUUUUAAGAAUUUGCGUUUAUUUUUUGUUUGUUAUUUGGUUUAAUUACUUCAUUAAAGAUUUUCAACAUAA